AUGUCGUUUAAUCCAAUAAACCCGAAACCAUUUUUGAAGUCCCUAAUUAACAGAUCUGUCAUUGUCAAACUGAAAUCAUCAAAUGUGGAAUAUCAUGGCUUUCUACUCAGUGUGGACAACUACAUGAACCUGUCACUCGACAGUAGCACUAAGGAGUUUGAUCCUAUAACAGAAGAGCUAACGCCACUUGGAAGUGACCUAUUCAUACGCUGCAAUAAUGUGCUAUGGAUCUCCACGACUGAAGAGCAUGUUCACACCAGUAAAGCUCAGUGA